AUGUGUUCGAUGAGGUUCCACGUGGUCUUUGCCAGUGUCAUCAUUAUCCUGGUGGGCGCAACCGAAGCUAUCGUGUACCAGUGUGAAAAUUAUGACGUGAACGGAGAGUACAACUCACGGUACUGCGCCUUGUACGGUGUGGUGGUGGUGCAUGAUGCCCAGGACGUUGAUUUUACGUCCGAUUAUCCGCGUCCGUAUCGGUUCGAGUUUCGCCUAUCCAAUCUGUCGGAGAUACCACGCGCCCUGUUUACGGCUUUUCCCGAGAUGCAAUCGCUCGAUCUCUCGGAGACGGGCAUUGAGAUCAUCAACAAGUUUACGUUCGAAAACGCGAAACAACUACGGAAGCUUAUGAUCACGUACAACCGACUGACGUCGCUGACCAACUACAUUUUCAAGGGCUGCGAUCAGCUAGAGGAGCUCGAUCUGUCCCACAACGAGCUGCAGGAGCUGAAAGAGAACACUUUUAGCGAAAUUGAGACGGUGAACACGCUUCGCCUGAGCAGCAACCAGCUGACUUCGCUGCCAGAGAAUGUGUUUUUUACCCUGCCCAAUCUAGUUCUACUCACUCUGAGUGACAAUCUGUUGACGACGUUGAGUGAGCACAUGUUCUCCAAGAAUCCUUUGACGAUGCUCGACUUGGGAAAAAAUCGGUUGUUGCACGUUCACCUGCAUGAAAUAAGGACCAUGCUAGAGGUGACUCUCAGUGAGAACAGACUAACGAACGUUACGCUUCCACCCUACGCCAAAACGGUUAAUAUAUCGCACAACAGCUUGUCGACGAUUCACGUCUUACCGGGUGGUGACGCGGUCGAGUGGUUAAGUCUAGCACAUAACAUGCUCACUGAUAUCGGCAACAUCUCGACGCUGCGUAAUCUGCACACGCUAGACGUGUCCUUCAAUGCGCUUCGUUCGCUUCCACUGACCACCUUUCUUCACCUGAGUCAACUCCAGAUGCUCAAUCUGGAAGCAACCAAUCUGACCUCUAUGGAGCACGGUCUCUUUUCAAGCCAGAAAAAUCUAAAAUGGCUGGAUAUUUCGUACAAUCAGUUGCAGAAGUUGGACCUGACCGUCCUUACGCCGGCCUUAUACCUUCAAACGCUGCACAUCGAUGGCAAUAACCUAACCGAUAUCGAAUAUUCCACGUUCAAAGAGCUGUUUACCUCGCUGAUAUAUCUCGGGUUGUUCGACAACAGCUGGAACUGCUCCUAUCUCGUCGACCUAGUAAGCUUCUGUCGCCGAUACUCGAUUCAAAUUUCGGCGACUAAGCAGUACGGCACUGUGUACCAUGUGUCCAACAUCCAGGGCAUCUACUGUGCUGGUUCUCGUGCAGUUCACCUGCCUGGUGCAAUACCCGUCGAGCAUUCGAUGGACAGGCAGGAUAUACCUCCUUCGAAUGACCGCACGGCUGCGCAAUUGGCCAAACAGCUUAAUGAGCUACACCAAAUAAUCGACCGGCUCGAGAGGGAACUGAGCCAAAAGGAUCCUUCGGUUUCGAAUCUGCCACUCGGAACCUGCUCGGCGCUGGACGUAUACAAUUACCAAGUGUUCAUGCUGCUGAUAUUAUCGAUGAUCCUGAUUCUCAAUGUGAGCUUCUUGCUGUACGUAUACCGCAAUGCUAACGCCCGUCGAUCCGUCGAUCGUAUGAUCAUCUUUAGGCGCAAUCAAGGAGGCUCCAUCCAAACGGAGCUCAAUGGUGAACUAUAGUCUCCUCAUCGAAUCCCAUUUUUCUUUGCUCGUUGGUUUUGUGUAUCUUUAUUGUAUGCUUUAAGUGUAGGUUAAUGAUCGUGCUUAAAUAUCGCAGGUUCAAAGAAACCAUGGCUGUUCGCUUAGCGCAUUCUGAGUACACGAUGCAAUCGUACUCCGUAUCAAUGAUCAGGUCGCAUAAGUCGAAAUGAUGAGAAUGCUGAGUUUAUCAAAUAGUUGUUUAGUUUUUAAAACAGUGAAUUGAUUAUUUGACCUCUUUCAGUUACACUACAAACACAUAGCAACAAUUGCGGUCAGUUAAAGAGCCUCCAAAUUUGUAUUGUAAUAAAGAUUGUUGAUAGCUUCAACU